AUUGUUGCCUUUAAGGAUAUGAGAAAGAAAGAAAGAAAUCUUAACAACUACUGUAAAUCAAAUAGUGUUUCUCUAUGGCCAUUUUAUUUGGGUACUUCUUAUUUUUUUUUUUACUCCCACUGAAUAUCAAUACUAAAUGUGAUAAAAAAACUAGGUUUCUAGUGUAGUAGUUGUUACAAAACAUAGAUAACAUAAUAGUUACUAACUGCUAUAAUGGCAGUCAGCAAUAUUAUCAUUUUAAAACUGUUUGAGUUGGUUCUGACCAUCAUCUGCUUGGGGCUGCAUUACAGGCACGAGGCAUCUUUGAGCGACUUGGAGGAUGCCUUCGUCACGGCCACGUUUGCGGGGUAUUCCCUCAUUCUCAUUGCGGUGUUCGCCAGAGUUUUACUGCGGGACAGCAUAUCCACGAAUGUGGACAUUUUCUACAGCCUUGUUGGGUUUGCGCUGUUCGCCACCAGUGGGGCUAUAAUCCUCACGAACGUUGUGACCGGAGCCAGCAACGUCAAGUAUUUAGGCCUCACCAAGGGCUCCAUUUCCCUCAUCAACAGCGUGCUGUUCUUGCUGGACGCUUGCUUGACGCUCCUUGGGAACUAAUGACCGGGCGUCAGUUCGGCAACAGCAUCAGCUCUUAGGCCACGCUGUUUCAUUUGGUCCAAGACGCUGUCAUGCUCAUCUCGAUGCCGCUUUGAACCUCCAUCCGAGCGAUUACAACACCCCGACGUACAGAUGCCAGAGAUAUUUGAAUGGACAAGCAAACCGAAUAUCUCAGUUUUGUUAAGAGAUUUUGGGAACCAUAAAUAAUCAGUUCCUAAACAUGUAUUGAUGAAACAAAGGUAUAAAAAGAAAAAAAAAGGCUCAAAAAAUAUACUUUUAUACAAAAGCUUUUUUUUUAUAACACUUAAUUAAAAAUAACAAUUGAUAUUUUUAACAAAAAAAAUCCAUGCUUAAUUUUAAGACAUAUGUUUCAUUUUUUUGUAAAUAAAUAUUUGUCUAUUAUUAUUUAUAUAAAA